UAAUGUCUUUUGUAGGGAUCAAAUUUUGUCAAGAAUGUAACAACAUGUUGUAUCCUCAAGAAGAUCCUGAACAGAAAAUUCUUUUAUAUGCCUGCCGUCAAGAAAAUUGCAACUACUCUGAAGUUGCUGAUUCCGCUUGUGUGUAUCACAAUAACGUUAAUCUAAAGCCUGGAGUAGCAGCUCACGUCGUUUCUGAUAUUAUACACGAUCCCACGCUACCGCGUGAUCGCGAGAAAGUUUGUGCUAAUUGCGGAAGACAAGAAUCUGUUUAUUUUCAAGCUCAAUCUCGAAGGGAGGAAAGCGGAAUGCGUCUAUAUUAUGUUUGCGUUCAUUGCAAGCAUCGCUGGACGAACAUCGAAGAAAUUGAUGGCGACGUUGAUGAUGUCGAAUUGCUUGAAGAUUUGCUUUAA